AUGACCUCCCCCGCGACGUGCCCCAUGGGGCGCACCCCGUCCGGCGCAGAGUUCGCCGUCCCGCGCACGGCCGACAUGUUCGCCGCCCUGCGCUCGCCGGCCCACUGGCGCCCGGCCGAGCUGCUCACGCUCUUCCUCUCGGCCCUGUCGCUGCUGUCGCUGCUGCUGCGCCCGGUCCUGCCGCCCGCCUUCUACAUCGCCGUCUUCGCCUUCUGGCGCCUCGCCUACAACCUCGUCCUCGCCGUGCUGCUGCGCCGCCAGUCGGACGCCCACGCCCUCACCCGCUGGCUGCGCGCCCGCUCGCCGGCCGCCCACGCCCUGCUCAACUGGGCCUGCACGGGCGCCGUCCUCCCGCCGUACGCCUGGGCCGACGCCCCGCCCGAGUUUAACGCCUGGCUCGCCUUCCGCGCCCUGUGCACCGUCAUCCUCGCCAACGACGGCCUGUCCUACUUCGUCCUGUGCGUCGCCUGCAACCGCCCCUUCGCAGCAGCCUCCGUCCCCACCCUCGCCUUCUGCGUCCCCGCAGGCCUCGCACUCCUCGCCCUCUCCUUCUGGACAAAGGCAAAGGCACACCACGCCCUCGGCGACUUUGCCUGGUUCUGGGGCGACUUCUUCUUCACCCUCGACGGAGACCUCGUCUUUGAUGGCGUCUUCGAGCUCUUCCCGCACCCCAUGUACACCGUCGGCUACGCCGGCUAUUACGGCGCCGCCCUCAUCACCCGAUCCUACACCGUCCUGCUGGUUAGCUUGCUGGCCCAUCUUGCCCAGCUGGCCUUCCUCGCCCUGGUCGAGGAGCCGCACAUCCGCAAGAUUUACGCCUCGCCACCGCCUGCCAAGGCCCCGCGCGAGGCCCCUGCGGCCCCGCCGAACUCGCUUGCGCCGGACCUCUCGCCGCACGCUGCCUUCCUGGCCACCGCCCCGCAGCCGGCCCGCGACGACGCCCACGCCGACAACCUCUGGAUGCGCUCGUGCAUCGCGAGGGGGAGUACGCGCACCCAGGCCUACUCGAGCUGGCAGCACAUCUUCCUCUUCUCGUACCUCACCAACCACGCCCUGUUCCUCAUCGCCGCGCUCUGCCUGCCCGCCACGGCCGCGCGGGAGGCCGGCGCUUAUUCCUGGGUGCAGGGCUGGGCUUUGGGGCUGGCCGGCUUGUCGCUCAUCGCCGUCGCUGUCGUCUCCAUGGUGUCGGCCUGGUCGGUCACAGGCUACUUUGGCUUUUUCUACGGCGACUUCUUCGUCGCCCCGGAGACCCGCGAGCUCACCUACAAAGGCUCGUUCCGCUACGUCACCAACCCGGAGCUGACGCUGGGCUACCUUGCGUACUACGGCUUGGCCAUUGUCAGGCAGUCGUGGAGCCUGGUGUGGCUCGCGCUUUUGUGCCAGGGGCUGCACAUGCUCUUCAUUUCGUGCGUGGAGGAGGCCAACACGGAGAGGGAGUACAAGCUUGUGCGCAAGCACACGGCUCUUGAGACCUCCUUCCGCUCGUUGCCCGGAAUAUCGUUUUUGAUCCCGCUGGUAAAACGCAUCGGCAUUCGCAUUCUGCACGCGGUGCAGCAGCGCAUCGAUAUCAGGUUUGAGACCGUGUCGAGAAAGGUCGCUGUGCAGAAGGAGAAGAUGAAGGCAGACAUUGACAAGGCCGGCACGAAAAUCUGGGAACAACAUGUCCAACGCUGCGCCCUCGAGCUCAAGACAAGGGCGGAGUCCAGAUUUGGCGUGCUAGACUGCGACAAAGUUAUCUCUUUACUUGAAAAGAGAGGCGUCGCCGUGAGGCCGAUAGGCGCCAACGCGGCAGUCCUAAAUGUAGAAACCGUGUCGCCCUCUCGGAGAGAGGUUUACUGA